AUGGGAAAUGAAUUGAUCGCAUUGACGAGUAGAGUAAAAGAAGAAGAAAGGCGAUCAAAUGGAUGUAUUCGAGAUGAAUUGUCGUGGAUGGAUCGAUUGUCGAUGUCAUCAUCCGAUAUCUCCCACAUCCUGCCACACUCGAAAGGGAUUUCAGUGGAACGAACCUUUAUGGCCGCCCGUAUUGCCCAGGCAGGCCACUGUCGAUGCUCGAAGGACACAAAUCAUCGAGUUACACCUAGCUGGCAUGAAAGUGAAUGCCAUCUCGAAGACACUUUGCAUAUCGCAUGGAUGUGUGAGCAAAAUCAUUUCAAGGGGGGAGAAGGCGUUGAGAUAUUGAAACAAGAAGAAUUCGAAUCGAACGGUUUGCGCCCCGGUGAACAUCUUGAAGAGCAUCUACACUUACAAGAUUUAUCGCAUCAAAGUAAAAUGCUCUCUGAAUCCGCCUUUAUUCUUCACGAGGAAUCGUGGAAUGCUUACCCAUACUUCAAAACUGUUGUCACUAAUCCGGGCUACAUGAGAGAAAGGUUUCAAGAUUCAACUCGAAUCGUACCACAUCCAGGACAAAGGAGACGCAGAGAGAAUCCUCUUAACGCCAAAAAGAAAUGGCUGAGGUCGUUGCCGUUGGACAUUAUUGAUGAAAAAAGCCUCAAAAAGGUGGAUCUUGAGGCAAAGAUUAAUCCGCGUAUGGUUCGUAGUGAGAAAAUGGAGAUCAGCCCAUUGAAAGACAGUUGGACCGAAGAUGAGGCAAUAAGAAACGCUUUGGAACUUUCUUUUACAUGUGUUUCUCUUGCUUCAGAUCCCAGUUAUGUGUGCCUACAAGUUGGUAUCGGUGACUUUCUCGUGGCGAGGAAUUGGUGGUCAAAUCGAGGAGUUGAUCCACAAGAAUUACCCGCAGUCUCUUCAACAAAUUCCAUCGUGAGGUGUUACUGUCGAUCCGAUGAAUGUGGUGGGACAUGGAUAUGGAUGAAAUUCGCGAUUAUGAGGGAGAAGACUGCUAAGAAACUCCGCAAGAUGAUCAAUGAUGUGUUUGGAUACGUGCGCCUCGUUGACCGAUUUGACAUCACCAUUCGAUCAGCAUGCAUCAAGCUUUCUAUCCGACUCACAUCUCACUUCAAGAUCCGCUCAGUUUGCAUUCGAAGGUUAUCCUCGUGCAAAGAAGAAACCGAAGAAGAGGAGGCUGAUGUGGAAAGAGAUUUGCCUACCAAAAGGGACAAAACCCCGAAGACAACGCACGCAUUUCACAAGUCAUCAGCUGAACGAACUCGAGGGUUGGUUUCAACGAAAUCGACUAUCCCGAUAUGGCCACACGAGAGGGGAUGCCGCGGCAGGGUGUGGAUCAGUUUGACCGAGCCGAGAGUCAGGGUUUGGUUCAAGAAUCGUCGAGCGAAAUGGCGCAAACGUGAACGCAACUAUAUGACCGAUCCCAAAACCCUUCAGGCAAGCGCUUUACCUGGUUCAAUGUGCUCCUCUUCAUCGACGUCAAUAUCUCUUCCCCCAUCAAUUCCAUCAAUGUCUUCCCUCGGCGGUCUCCAUUCGGGACUUGGAAGUCUCCGGAACGAUUCAGGUUCAAGGCAGCUUCACCCAAACGUUGAUCCCGCCAACACCAGAUCGACUCAUUCUAUGGAUAUGGAGACUCCCCCAUGGCAUCCUAUCAGCCUCGCCCCGGUGCAACCACAUUCAAUUGGAGUGUUAAAGGACAACUCUUAUCUCAACUGUCCCUAUUCUGGGCCUCUU